CCCGCGACCGGGACGGCGUCGUCGCGCGACGAGAUCGUGCCCCCGCGACGAGGCGCGCGAAAUCCAUGGGUGCUCGUCGGUGCGGGCGCCACGGCGGCGGUGUUGCUCGCGGGAUUCGUCGCGUUCAGGGCUGGGGACGCGCGCGCGUCGCAGCGGAUGAUGCGCGCGCGAGUGCUCGCGCAGGGCGCGACGGUGGCGCUGAUGGUGGCGACGUCCGCGGGAGGACUGUCGAGCGCGACGUCUUGGACGCUCGCGCGUCCCGGCGCGGGCGGGACGGCGGGCGAGGGGUGACGGACGCGCGGGCGAACGCGCGCGGGUUCGCGGCGAGCGCGACGACGACGCGCGGCGACGACGACGCGUCGACGUCGCGCGACGGAGGCGCGAGCGAUGGUGGGGAGCGCGGGCGCGACGGUGACGCGAGAGACGCGCGCGCGAGGCGGGACGAGGAGUCGCGCGCGGUGCUGCGCGAACGCGCGCUGCGAGCGGCGUUGAAGCGCGUGCGCGAGCUGGGAUGGACGGACGCCGCCGUCGACGCGGGAUUGAGGGAUUUGAAUUUGUCGCCCGCGAUGCGCGCGAUCGUUCGCGGCGACGCGGGGGCGGGCGCGAGGGACUCGGGACCGGGCGACGGGCUCGCGGGGGAGUUGGCGGGAUACUUUGAGGAGUGCGCGGACGCGGCGUUUCACGCGAAGGUCGUCGCCGAGGGCGAGACGCUGCGCGCGAUGAAGUCGCGCGAGCGCGUGAAGUGGCUGAUGCGCGCGCGUUUGGAGAUGAUCGAGUCCAAGCUCGAUUCGUGGCCGCGCGCGCUCGCCGCGAUGGCGACGCCGCGGUACGCGAUGACGACGCUUCGGCGUCGCGCCGCGCUCGCGGAUUUCAUCGCCGACGCCGCGGACGUCGACGCCUUGGACGUGCUUCCGGAUUCGUUGGAUACGUUUCGUUGGCACGCCGAACGCGCCGCGAUGCUCGCGCUGUACGCCGCCACCGAGUUACGCUUGUUGACGGAUUCGAGCAAGGAUCGUCGCAAGACGUGGGCCUUUCUCGACGCCCGCGUCGACGACAUCGCGCGAUCCCGCGUCGACGUCCUCGAGCUCAAGUCGUACAUCGACGUCUUCGCGCGCGACGCCGACUUGACGACGCUCGGCGCGUCGUUCGCGAGCAAAGACGCGCUCGCCGCGGCGUUCGCGCCCGUCGCCGACGUCUUCGCUCGCGCGUCUCGCGCCGUCUUCUCGACCCCUUCGCGCGACGCGUCCGAGCGCGACCCGCCGCGCGACUCGCCCGAUCGAUAG